UUUUUCAGUUCAAUCAUGCAGUACGUAGCAUAUGCCGAGGGCGCAAAGAUGGCUUCAGGCGCAGCCAAAGAGACUUCAAGUAAUCUUUUUGGCAUCUGGGAUACCUGGAAUUCGAAUCCACAAAUGAGAAAAGACCAUGCAAACGAACUGAAAAAGAAAAGUGAUGAGGCCUAUAACAACGACAUGGAGGAGUUGAAAAAAACAAGAUCUGCAUUUGACCAAGAAAUAGCCAAGAGACAUGCUGCCGCCGAUAUGCAAAUGUCUGAACUUGUCAAGUCAAACAAUACAGAACUCAAAACUCUACAAGACCAGUUUAAUAGAGAUGAAGCUAGUCAUGGCAUGGCUAUGAAAAUGAUGGUCCGGGAACACGCUGAAAAAAUGAAGGAACUGAGAUCAGAAGGCAGAGAAGCUCAAGAAAGAGCUGAAAGAGAGCACAGAAUGAAGAUGUCAGAAGCCGAAGAAGAGCAUCGUAAAGAAAAAGAGAUUGCACAGGAAAAAAUGGAUGCGGCGAAGAGAGAAGGUUCAAUGAAGAUUGCACUUGUUGAAGAGGAAAAACAGAAAAUUAUGAAGGAACGAUCAGAUGAAUUGGAGAAAUACACGAGAGAGAUGAAUGAAAUGGCGAAAAAUCAUCAGGAAGAACGGAAAAAACAUAAUGCAAUUAUUGGGCAAAAGAAAAUGGAAAUGAUAGGGAGUAAGCGAGACCAACUGAAAAUAGAAAGCGAGAAAAUUCUCGAGUCGAUGAGAAAUGACAUCAAUCUUCUGCUGGCAGUUGAAAUAAAACAAAACGGAAGUCAUCUUGUUGAAAAACUGAUAGAUCUUUUUGAAUCUGUCAAAACUGUCAAAUGUUUGAUGGAUACGGUUCAAACGGAGCUAACAACUAUUGGCGACGAAGUUCCAGAAAUCACGCCUGGACAACUAUCUACUUUUGAUGAUAUCAAACGCCACAAAACUCUUUUUGACAACCGUGUCGCUAGAUUCCGUAAAAACGUGGUCACUUCCAGUUUCACCGACGCAAAAUUAUAUGAGAUUUGCAUGACCACAGUUUCCGACUUUGAGAAAAUAAUGGACAAACAAGAUAUGAAAUUAGUCUGUCAUCAUCUUCCUAAGGCCGUUGAAAAUCAAGAUUUCAAGAAAAUCAAAUAUUAUGCUGACAUGGCGAGCAAGUUGAACAACCAAUUCUCUCAAGAAGUACAGCAUCUUGCUGCCGGGUUUUCCAAUGUUUCGAAAACUUAUGCCAUUGAUAGAUCGAAUCAAGCGGCAAUUCAGAAUUGAAUAUAAUUGCUGAACAACUCUUGAAUUUCGAAUUUAAAUAUUUUCUGUUUCUAUAAGCCAAUAAAUUUUGAUUAACC